AUGAAUAAACUAAUCUUUAUUUAUUUUAGUUUUAUGGGUAAACUAUUUAUAUUAAAUAUGUUAAAUAGUAAAUAUACAUAUAAAAUUAUUGAAUAUUUAUUUCGUAAUAAAACUGAUGAAGAGCAUCUCGAAUGUUUAUGGAGUCUCUUAUGUAUGAUUGGCCAAAAACUUGAUGCUAAAAGUGCUGAAAAACCUGUACAAAAAUUAAAGAUGUAUAGAUACUAUAGUGACUUAGACAAUAUUGUUAAAGAACAGAAAACAUCAGCUCGUAUUUGUCGAAUGAUUCGAGAUCUUAUUGAAUUAAGACAAACUGGAUGGGUUGGUCAUUGUGUUGAAACUGAAUCAACAACAGCUAACGAACUUCAUGAACAAGAUUUUGAACAAAAACAACAUAAUAUUGAUAAUGCUUUUAGUGGAAGUAGUCAACAACAGUAUAAUGAUGAACGUGAUAGUUGUAGUAGUGGAAUUGAACAAAAAACAGAUAGAAAUGAAGAUGAUGUAGAUAAUUCUUUUAAUGCUGAUACUUUAACACAACUAUAUUCGAAUGACAAAGAAUAUCAAGAACUACUGGCAAUCAAUUUAGCUGGUCAACAUUCAUGGGCAAAAGAACUUUUCAUUGAAAAGAAAUCUGAAUAA